AUGAGGGCAAGUCUCGCUGGGGCCGUCCUUGUCGGCUGCGGCCUGGUACUUGCACUUCCGCCGGGCCAGGGCAAUAACAACUUGCCGGGCUCGGGCCACGGUGUUUGUGGCACUCCUCACCGGUACAGGUGCUUGGGGGGGAACCAGCCGUCUUAUGCCUCGCGCAUGCCUUGGAUCACCCACACGUCAGGUGAGCCCUCAUCUAGUGUUCUCACGUCGAGUCUGCCUUCCUCGAGCAUUGCCUCCACGACCAGCGCCUCCACGACCAGCGCCUCCACGACCAGCGCCUCCACGACCAGCGCCUCCACGACCAGCGCCUCCACGACCAGCGCCUCCACGACCAGCACCCUCACGACCAGCGCCUCCACGACCAGCACCCUCACGACCGGCACCCUCACAACCAGCACACUCACGACCAGCGCAUCCACGACCAGCUCUGCACCGCCCACCGUGACUACAUGUGAGCUAGGAACUGCUAUGGGAUGGCUGGAAGGCGAUUCCAUCACGCUUAACACCCAAUCCGGGAAUGGGUGCAACCGCUGGGGUUGGUACGAGACGCCGACAUUGGCGGAGCUGCAGAUUGGCAUCAGCGGUAUCCUCUAUGUUGGCGCCGGCGGUAAUGACAUUGCGAAUGCUAUUAACGUCGGAGACUGGACGGCGUUUGCCAGCCCUACCGGUGGCGUGACCGUUACGUAUAGCCUCGACCCCGGGUAUUUCAUCGAUGAAGCUCAUAUCGACUUGGAUUGUCUCCCGAUUGAUACCUGCGCUCCGGGUCAAUACACGUUCAACUCCGGCGCGCUCCCGAACCUCCCCGUCUACGCCAACCCGACGCCGCUCCAGUAUCCUACGUGUUCCGGCGGGUCUCAAGCCUAUCUCAUCAUCCAUGGCUCGAUUAACUAUCCCACAUCUGCGACGACCUGUGAGCCCCCAGUGGCGACAUAG